CACCUCAAACAGGUGACACAAAAGCUCAAGGAAAAGGAAAAGGUUUUGAGUCUCGGUACCAGCAUCACAGCAUGGAAGAAACUAUAAGGAUUGUGGUUUUGGGAAAGACUGGAGCUGGGAAAAGCAGUCUUUUAAACACCUUGUCUGGAGAGAAAGCCUUUGCCAUAAACAAUACUGCCAGCUCUGGAACCAGAGUAUGUAAAGCAAAGUUAAAAACAGUCGAUGGGAAAAAUUUGCUUCUAGUUGAUACUCCCGGUUUUUUCGACACUGACCGACCUGAAGAUGAAGUGAAAGCUGAGAUAGUAAGCUGUAUCACAGAGUGCUAUCCUGGUCCUCAUGUGUUUAUCAUUGUGCUGAAAGUGGAGAAAUUCACAGAACAGGAGAACCAAGUCAUAAAGAAGAUAACCGACUACUUCUCAAAUGAAGCUCUGAGGUUUGACACAGUGCUGUUCACUCAUGGAGACCAGCUGGAAGAGGAAACACAUAUUGAUCAGUUUGUUGAUGAAAGUGAGGAACUGAGAAACAUGGUAAAGAUGUGUGGGAACAGAUACAACGUCCUUGAUAAUAAAUACUGGAAGGGAAGCCAGGACGAAUACAGGAGCAACAAUGUCCAGGUGAAAGGGCUUCUAAGCACAAUUUACAACAUUUUUGAGAGAAACAAUGGAGGUUAUUAUACCGGAGAGAUGCUGCAGAUGGCCAACAGAAAUAUUGACGAUGAGAAAGACACGCAAAAGGCUAAUAGUGUUGUCACUGAAAGCAUCUUGUUAAAGGUCUCAGGGAUUCUAGGAUGGGGAAUUUUAGGUGCAUUUCUUGGCAGUCAAAUAAAAUCAAUGACAGAAGGAAAAUCAACAGUGCCAAUAUUACUUGGAGUAACAUUAGGGACAGUAGUGGGGAUAGCUCUGGAAGCAAAGACCAUAGGACCAGGUGACCCAGCAACACCAACAAGUGACAAUGAUGCUGACUAAGCUGAACCACUGUAGAAAUAAACCAAUACCACUGGAUAAUAUAGGUUGAAAGACAUAUUAUAAGAGAAUAUUGACUUUUUGCAAUUAUGGUACCUAAUCACAGUUUAGCCUUGGCUUCUACAUGUUCUAGUCAAACAAAUGUGUCUCUGGAAUUUAGUACACCUAAUUGUCAACUGUAUUUACAAAAGUAUGAAACAGCUAGCUUAGAAGCUAACCUAUACCUUCUCCAAGAUUUUCAUGUAUUUUGCUCUGUUUUCUUCAUCACACACCAAUGUAACAACUGCUUUCUAUAUGUUGUGGUUAAAUGUUAGUUUAUAGUGAUACAUAUGUUUUAAUAAUAGCUGUUAACCAAUUGAGGGA